CAGUAGGACUUGCAAGGAAUUCCCGCAGGGUUUUCUCCUUGCCGUGGGAAAGUGCCGAGCCAAAAGGAACCAAUCUGGAGGGCGUCAGGUUGGGGAAGGCAACUUAAGUUCUCAAAGGUGCACUGAGCCUCUUUCUGCCUAGCAUGACUGUUACAUAUACAGCUCGGGUGGCCAAUGCCCGCUUUGGGGGCUUCUACAAGCUGCUGAGCCUAUGGCGUGGGAGCAUCUAUAAGCUGCUGUACAAGGAGUUCCUGGUCUUCUCGGUUUCCUAUUUGGGACUAAGCCUUACGUAUCGGUAUGUCUUAAAAGAAGAUCAGAAACGGAUUUUCGAAAAGGUGGUCAUUUAUUGCAACAAGUAUGCCAAUCUCAUCCCUAUCGCCUUUGUUUUGGGCUUCUAUGUAACGCUGGUAGUAAACCGCUGGUGGAGCCAGUACACCAGUAUGCCAAAGCCAGAUCGCUUGAUGUGUGCCAUCUCUGGAAACGUCCAUGGUGUAGAUGAGAAGGGACGGCUUUAUCGACGGACACUCAUGCGCUAUUGCAAUCUAUCAGCAGUCUUGAUCUUGCGCUCAGUCAGCAUUGCUGUGUUCAAGCGCUUUCCCACCAUGGACCAUGUGGUGGAAGCAGGAUUCAUGACUCGUGAGGAACGCAAGAAAUUUGAAAAUCUCAACUCUUCAUACAAUCGAUACUGGGUCCCCUGCAUUUGGUUUACCAAUUUAGCUGCACAGGCCCGUAAAGAAGGCCGCAUACGUGACAACUGUGCUUUCAAGUUGCUCAUGGAGGAACUGAAUCAUUUUCGUGGCAACUGCAGCAUGCUUUACCACUAUGACUGGAUCAGUGUACCAUUAGUAUACACUCAGGUGGUUACCAUAGCUGUAUACAGCUUCUUCUUUUCUUGUCUAAUUGGAAGGCAGUUCCUCGAUCCAGCCCAAGGUUAUGAAGGACAUGACCUAGACCUGUGGAUUCCUGUUUUCACCCUGCUUCAGUUUUUCUUCUACUUUGGAUGGCUCAAGGUGGCUGAGCAACUCAUCAACCCUUUUGGAGAGGAUGAUGAUGACUUUGAAACCAAUUUAUUGAUCGAUAGGAACUUCCAGGUCUCCAUGAUGGCUGUGGAUGAAAUGUAUGGAGAUCUGCCUCUCCUGGAGAAGGAUAGAUAUUGGGAUGCCUCAAACCCACGAGCCCCCUAUACGGCAGCUACAGUUUUUCUGUUGCAACAGCCGUCAUUCCAAGGCUCCACUUUUGAUGUGACACUGGCCAAAGAGGAUAUGCAGUUCCAGCCUCUGGAGGAGAUUGCCGAGGGCCUUGAACAGAGCCGCCAUGUGCCUGCCCACCUCUUGAACCGACUGCUGUCUACAGCUCCUACCUCAGGAGGUUUUGGACGCCGUCUCUCUCUGCUGAAGCGCAAGAACAGCUGUGUUUCAGAACCAUCAACCACCUACAGCUGCCUUUGUCAGGACAUGCAGGCCAUUGACUGCAUGUGUACCCCACCUGCCAGUCAGCAGAUGCGCAGUAACAGCAUUCCUUUCAUCCCUGAAGGGGCAGGAGACUCUGGCCACGAUACCAGCAGCCCAGGAAAGGAAGCAUACAGCGUUCUUCCUGAGUCUCACAUUGUUGAGCUGGGUGAACUUCCUCAGAGCACGUUGGACCAGGAAAAUGUUACAGCUGCCCCCCAUGAUCCAGAGCCUCUUGUGGAUACAUCAGUUAAUACAAAUGUUUUGUCCUGGCCUCUCCUAGAACAUGACUCUUCAGACACUUCCUUCCUUCACAACCCAAAGGAGGUGCCAAGCAAAGGGGUCAGCUAUCCCCCAUGGCUGCAGAGCCCCAUUGAGGAGGAAAAUACGCCAUGAGUCAGUUAUUGGGUAUGCACAGGUGAGAUGGACUUACUCCCUGGGACAUCUUGUUAUGGCAAUCUUAUUGGAAGAAGGCCCUGAAAGGAGGGACCAGCAGAACUGAACACACUUUUAUAAAAACCACCUUUGUAGCAGGGACUUGGGGGAAUUUUAAGAGAUGUUGUGCAGACGCUCUUAAUUUCAUUAAGAAGAGCCAAGGUGGCGCAGUAGUUAGAAUGCAGUACUGCAGGCUACUUCAGUUGACUGCUAGUUGCAGUUUGGCAGAUUGAAUCUAACCAGGCUCAAGGUUGACUCAGCCUUCCAUCCUUCCGAGGUGGGUAAAAUGAGGACCCAGAUUGUUGGGGGCAAUACGCUGACUCUGUAAACCGCUUAAACAGGGCUGUAAAAGCACUAGGAAGCAGUAUAUAAGUCUAAAUGCUAUUGCUAUUGCUAUUGCAAAUACUGUGUUCCUACCAAAGAACAUGCUAGUUUUAAACCUUGCUUUUAACUUCAUAGAUUACAUACGAACAUAGAGUAGAUACGAGUAUCAUACUGCUUUGCAGUGUUGCUGAAAUCAUUCUUAUUUUUCUCCUCAAUAUGAACUAAGAAGGAAAAAGCCAAGAGGUGUAAAUGAAUUGUAUGGCACCUUUUUCUUUCACAAGUAUAUACAGUCAAUUGAUUUAAAGCUUAUGCUUUUAUGUUUUAUUAAAUAUUUGUAAAUGUUUGUAAAA